AUGGAACAGCACAAAACCGAAAAACACGGUAACAAGCGAGCCCGAGAUGAGUCAGUCUUCGACUCACCUGAGUCAAAACGAGUUCACACUGAGCCAAAUGCAAGUGAUGCUGACGUGGACUUAGACUCACCUGAGGCCAAGCAAAUUAGAGAAAACAUCCUGGACAUCCUAGAUGAACCAGAAACAGUGAGUACAGAUGGUGUACCAGAAAUUCAAGACCUUGACUCAUUAAUUAAGAGUUUCGAAGAAGAGAUCAUUAAUCCUGGAAACAACUACGUUGACCUAACGUCAUCAGAUAAUUCAGGCGAUUCCCAAUGGGACCUCGGCUACCUUCUAGAAGCUUCAGACCAUGAGCUCGGCCUACCGCCCACAAUUGAUGAGAAUAUGAUGGGAUUUGAUAACGAGUUACUGAGAUAUGACUCGUUCGACUUAGGGAUGAUUGCCGGAAUCAUGGAUGGAGAUAAUUACCACGGUGAAAAUGACGGUGAUUUUUUUACAGUGGGCGGGUUAUUCGACUGCCCCAAUCAGUCUAAUUUUUCCGAGUCCCUGCCGGCUUUGUAGAAAUAUGAGUUUCCUUUCUGUCCAUAAUAGCUAGUUUGUA